CUUCCUCAUCUUUCCAUUUAAUAGUUUCCCUAUCCAUUUCAAAUUGCUUUGUUCAUAUUAAAAGCUCUCAUUAAUGGCUUCUCCCAACUGCAAGGAUGCGUGCGAAUCUUCUUCACCACAACAAAAGCCUCUGCCAUUCUCCAGUCUUCCAUAAAUUCAACUCCUCCUCCUCCAAACUUCUCUCACUUCUACGCGCUAUUUCAUCAGAAAACCGCUCGAAGGUUCCGAUUUCUCUCUAUUCUUCGUCAGGCGGCGAGAUUCAUGGACGGCAGCGGAAACGAACUAAUUUCCGAAGUGAAAUUUUCGUCCGUGGUUCCGGCGAAGGCGACCGGCGAGAAUAAGGUCCAUGAACUUUCGGCGAUCGAUCUUGCGAUGAAACUUCAUUACAUUCGCGGCGUUUAUUUCUUCAGGCCGAGCGAAGAGGUGAGAAAUUUGACGAUUUAUGACCUAAAGAAACCUAUGUUUCCGUUGCUGGAGAUAUACUAUGUCGUUUCGGGGAGGAUUCGGAGGAGGAUCGAAGAUCGCGAUCGGCCGUUUAUCAAGUGUAAUGAUAGCGGAGUGAGAAUCGUUGAAGUGGAGUGCGAAAAAACGAUCGACGAGUGGCUUUCGAUCGACGACGACAAGAUUUCGCACCGCGAUGGAGAUUUGGUUUACAGUCGUGCGAUCGGGCCAGAUCUUGGAUUCUCCCCUCUCGUGUUCAUCCAGCUGACUCGGUUCAGGUGCGGCGGACUCUCCGUCGGCCUCAGUUGGGCUCACGUCCUCGGCGAUAUUUUCUCCGCCUCCACCUUCAUCAACGCAUGGGGCCACGUCAUGAAAAACCGCCCGGUCGAACGACUCCGCCCACUGCCGGCGACUGCGGCGGACCUCAUUCGGCCGUCCGGCUCAACUGGACGAUCUACAUCGCCGAUCAAGCGGCUGGACUCGACUGGAGACCUUUGGAUCGCUUCAAACGACUGCAAAAUGGCGAAGCGGUCGUUUCGAAUCACGGAAGAGAAACUGGUACGAAUAUUGAGCGUCGUCGACCGGAAUCGAUCGGCGAACUACUCCAGUUUUGAAGCUAUUGCUGCGAUUUUCUGGAAAUGUCUGUCGAAAAUACGGCUUGAGGACUCGGAUUCGAAGACGAUUUCGAUCUAUUCGACUAAAUGUCCUGAUAGAGAGGGUCAGAUUCCGAUAAAUGGAAUGGUGAUGAGCGCCAUCGAGGCCGAUUUUCCGGUCGCCGGAGCGGAGGAAGGUGCGUUGGCGGAGCUGAUUGUGAAGAAGAAAAUCGACGAGGGCGAAGAAAUCAAGGAAUUGGUGGAGAAAGAAAGGGAGGAUUCUGACUUCAUAGCGUACGGCGCAAGAUUGACGUUCGUUGAUUUGGAAGAAGCGAAUCUCUACGGCUUGGAAUUGGAAGGACAGAGGCCAGUUCAUGUGAAUUAUGAAAUUGGGGGAGUCGGUGAAAACGGCGUCGUCUUGGUGCUUCCAGGGCCUCCACGUUGCGACGGUAGACCCGGCGGUGACCGGACGGUAACGGUGAUCUUGCCGGAGAAACAGCUGCCGGAGCUGAUCGAUGAACUGCAGAAGCAAUGGGCGAUUGUUUAAAAUCACGGUGCCUUCCACCGCUUGAGUUGAGCAGAGAAAAUGAAGAGAUCAAUUUCGCAUUGGAUAAAUAAAUUAAAUUUAGUCUUUGUAAUUAAAAUUGUAAUUUAAAAUAAUGUCUUAGAAAAAACUACUUAAAG